GGCGGCGAAGCAGCGCGAGCCAGUGCGUCCGCGGCCGUCAACCACACCUUGUCGGGUUCAGAGAGAGGAGAACGCGCGCGCGCACUCUCACAAACACCCUCGACACGCACCCCCGUCGCCGUAGUUCGACCGGUCGUUUCGCUUUCGACGCGGUCUGCCUGUUGCGGGACGGCUGACUCGCCGAGGGAACGAGGAUUCCAAGUGCAAGACGGAUAAUUGACAAGGGACUGAAGAAGAUGGACAUAAAAGGACGAGUUGCCUUGGUGACGGGUGCUGCUUCCGGUAUUGGUAAAUCAUGUGCCAUAGAAUUAUUGAAUGAAGGUGCGAUGGAAUAUGAGAGGCAAUGAAAUCUUUAUAGUGCUAUUUUCAUUAAGGAAAGUGACGUUGAUACGGGUUUACCCCAUGGUUUCUAUAUGCGAUAUAAAUGCAGAAGAUGGUGAAAAAUUAGCGGAAACAUUGUCCACGGAGUACGGAAAAGAUCGUGUAAUCUUUUGUCAAUGCGAUGUCACAGAUUACGCGCAAUUCGAGGAAUCAUUUCAAACGACGUUCGAGACAUUUGGUCACAUCGAUAUCGUUGUUAAUAACGCUGGUAUCAUGAAUGAUCGGUUUUGGGAAUUAGAAGUCGACAUCAACGUUAAUGGCGUGAUUCGCGGAACUAUGCUCGCUCAGCGAUUUAUGGGGACGGAUAGGGGUGGCCAGGGUGGAAUAGUGGUUAAUAUUGGAAGCAGCAUCAGCAUCAACCCUUACACCAGUGUUCCAAUUUACUCUGCCACCAAGGCGGCAAUCGUCCACUUCACCAGAGCGUUUGGGCACCAAUAUCACGUGGAUUUAACUGGUGUAAAGGUGAUGGCAUUGUGCCCAAGUGCGACAGAUAGCAAAAUAUUAGGAGAUGUCAGUAAACAGUUGCUCUCACCUCGGUAUGUAGACGCCUGGCUUCGUGAUACAGCUAGUUCUGUUCCUCAAAGAGCGGAACACGUGGCCAAGGCAUUGAUCCAGAUCCUGAACACGGACAAAAGUGGAAGCGUUUGGCUUGUUGAAAAAAGCCAACCACCUCACGAAAUCACAUUCCCAAAGAUCUAAAAACCUUAACUGCCAUCAUUCGCGUGGAUCCUCUUCUCGCUUCAAUACGAAUAACCAUAUUAUAAUCACGACGCCGUAACGAGAUUAUUAAUAUAAAAAUCUGAAAGAUCACGCUCUCUCUCCUUCUCGAUCUUCUUAAUCGAUUUUCCGAAAAAUUCGUUCUGAAAUCUUAUCUUGAAAUUGCAAAUCGAACAUGCCCUUGAAGGGAGGGAUGGAUCAAUAUCCGAGGCGUGUAAAGCUAUGCGGGAUCAAGAACGCGAAUAUAGAUGUAAGGGAGAAUAAAUCGCAUUACCAAAGAUUACGAAAGGCAGUUUGUACGGUCAAAGCGUUUCUUUAUAUGUUGUUAUCCGUUCGUGUUAGAUUUAGAAAGAAUAGAGCUCGUUCUUAUAACAUGAUAAUUUAAUUAAUGGAUUUAACGAAGCGAUCGUUCCUAUUUUCCAUCGAGUGAUUGAAACGAUCUUGAAAGGGGAGUUCUCGAUAUAAGUGGCGCUUAUUAUGUGAUUAAUAAGAGUGAGAGAGAGGGAGAGAAAAUGAAAACUCGAUGGAAAUUGGUGAGUUGAAAAAUCGAUAAAGCAGUUAAAAUCGUAAAUCGUUUGGGAUAAAUUGGAAUAUCGUAAAAAAAAAAAAAAAAUCGAAAAUCGUUCCCGAUUUCAGGAUUGAAAGAAUCGACAACUUUGUGUAAAAUAUUUCCAUGACACUUACACUUUACAUUUGUUGAUAACAAAUGUUGAUUUUCCACGGAUCAGAUUUGUAAGGGAUCUUUUUUAAAUAAUUGUAAAAUCGAAGGCUUAGAUAGAUCUUGUACAAUGUUGUAGCGGUAAGGAAGGUGUACUGUGAAUUUUCUUCAACCUUCGAAACAAAAUGUGGUCUCCUAUUUAUAAUUUUUUUUUUUUUGUUAAUACACGAUUUUAUUUUUAUUUGUAAAAUUAGUAUAGUUAGAUAUUUUACUUUCAAUUUCAGAGAAUGUUUCGGAUUGAACUUUGUUCGAUAAAAUUGUAAAAUUGAUCAAUCAAUUGUAUUCUAUUGACGAUCAUUAAUCGAAAUAAUGAAGUUAAAAAUUGUGUACAAAAUACGUAAUUUAAUCUGUGAAAAGAUUUCAAUGAAAGAAAAAGAAAUCGAACAAAGUUUUGAUCUCUGGAAAAACUUAAAAAACACUUUCUCGGUUAACGAAAGCGUUCGUUCAAAAUGUAUGAGCAUUCUUCAAUUAGGCUUGUAGUGAUGUAUGAUAAGGCAAAAAAACAAAAAAAAAAA